CGUCACUUUUGUUUUGGUCGAAGGAAGUUGCUGAACAGGCUGAUUUCUAGAAUUGCACAGUAAGCGAAAGGGUUUUUACCCGUAAUAUUUUCGUUCGAAGGCUCAUUUAUUUCUUGGAAACGCCUCGAGUUAUUCAAAUGACCGACAGGGUCAAAGUAAAGGCCAGAUUCAAUGGCAUUGCUCGGCGAUUCGAGAUCAGUUCUCCCACAUCCUGGGAGGAAUUAACGUUUCAAGUAAGUGUUUUUAAGCAAGAAUUUCUUUUAGCCUGGUCUCUCCUUGGCUGGUUUAAAUUAAAAGAUUGUAAAUCUUUUUCAAUAAUCCCUUCUUUUCUAGAUCAAAGAACUGUUUGAUGUGCAAGAUUUCACGUUGAAGUAUAUUGACGACGAAAACGAAUUGGUAAUUACAUAUUUGUUCCUGCAAUAGUGCAUGCUUCUUCUGCUGUAAACACUGGUUAACGUAUACGAAAAAAAACUAUCGUAUUUAAUUCAAAGCACUCUUUGCAAAGAUUUGAACUAUUUAUAUAAGUUACUAGAUGAAAUAGCAUUAUGUAAUGGUCUUCAAUUUGGGUCUAAGGUUUUACAUGUCAGUAUAGAUGAUAAUGGUUCUUAUAUCUUUUCUGUGUAACUUUCAGGUCACAAUUGGAACACAUGGUAAGUUAGUGAAGGAGAGUAAAUCGAUGCUAGUCAUGGUACAUUUUAAACAUCAUAAGUUCGAUUGCAUAGUCAGAAUUUCAAGCAAAUUGUUUAGUUGUGGGUCAAUUUUCAGCUGUUUCAUUUUCGUUGCACUUUUUAGUUGGCUUAAAUUCAAGUUACAUGCAAGUUUCGAACCCGUCAUGUAUUCUAGAAUUAAUAUUUCUGUACUGGUUCAGGCUGCUUUUCAUUUUUCAGAAAUUCAUUUGAUAGCGAGGUUUAGAAGAUACAAACAAAUUAAAUUACUGAAAAAAGAGAUCGUUCAGUUUCCUUUGUUUUCCGUUAGAAAUCUUGCUCGGAAGGAAAAUUUUGAAACAUUGAAAAAAGCUUGCGAUUUUCAUUGUUUAUCAGUUAUUGUUGUAAAAAAACUAAAUUUAAUGUUUUAUUGAUAUGUAUUUUUAAUUGAUGUUUUAGUGGAACUUGAAGAAGCACUAAAGGUGAGCUCUGAAAUACCUUUUUAUAAAUAGAAAAUGAGGAACACGGAUAGUCAUACUUGCAAAGGGGAGACUCCCAUCUGUGAAGUUUUUGUUACUUUUGCAACUCUAACCCUUUACAUCUGAACAUCAGUUUGCAUAUUCUCCAUACUGUUCUCUAUAAAUUUCCUAAGGUGCUGAGAAGGAGAAUUUGUUUAACAAUCAAGAGCUUCUUUAGUUGGUGAUCAUUUCCUUUUUUCUUUUGACCUUACUGCUUGAUUCAGGAGUGAUAGCACAAAAUGUGAUUUCCUCUGGAUUUGACGCCAUUUUUUCACUCAUUUACUAUCUUUAGUUGGUGAUCAUUUGCUUUUUUCUUUUGACCUUACUGCUUGAUUCAGGAGUGAUAGCACAAAAUGUGAUUUCCUCUGGAUUUGACCCCAUUUUUCCACUCAUUUACUAUCUUUAGUUGGUGAUAUUCCUUUUUUCUUUAUCAGCUUGAUUCAAGUGAUAGACAAACAGGAUUAACUCUGGAUUUGACCCCAUUUUUUCCCAUUUACUAUCUCAAACUUAUCAGCUAAGGAAAAAUUACAAACUCCCUGUAACUCAAACUUCAAGGAAAAAUACAUUUAGCUAACCUUCCCAAACUUAUCUUUAACACUCUUCUAAAAAAGCACAAAUGAAAUAAACUGUGUGUACAAAAUUGACUGUUGAUUGUGCAGAAUGGUAAAAACAUGAUUCUUUCUUAAUUCUAAACAGGAUAGUUGAAAUUUAAUGUACACUAAUCCUGAUAACUUGCACCCUUGCUAACUUGGGCUGUUUUUUGCUCCCUUAAGUCAGUGGGGUUCUACUUCAGAUCUUCUCAUCAAUUCUGCUUCAGCUUGUGAUUUCCUCUGAGUUAUUAAUUCUCUUCCUUUGCUGUGGUUGUCCAGGGAAUUUCAAAUAGAGUGUCUUGUGUUUUUCUGGCUUUAAUUUCAGGUCACUCAAAAAACAGGUUUAUUUAGACUAGUAGUGGAGAGUUCCUCUGAUCCACAAACAUCUGUGCCAGGAAUUGAAAGUCUUAAAGAUUUACUGGUAGAAAGUGAGGAAGACACACCUGUGGUAAGUGUUGUUUGAUGUCUCCAUCAUGAGAUAUCACUAACUUAGUGAAUAUAAGGUGUACAAGUUACAGUACAGUCCAAAAAGUAGAGUUUCUUUAAUUUAGUCCUUCUGCCCAGAGUAGAUUCUUAGGGAUUGAAAUAACAAACACUACACUUAUCCAAAAAUUAAGGACUUGUGGGUUAAAAAGAAAGUUCCUUGCUGCAUGUGUGUGAAUGCGGUAACCAUUACAGUCAGUAAACCUUUUUACUUUGUUUCAGCUUCAAGCCCAGAAACGUAAGUUAAUCUUCAACACUACCACUCCAUCAGAGCUAAGCAGUGCCUACAAGACGGCAAAAAUGGAUGAUGCAGAAUGCCAAGAAACUGUAAUCAAAGCAAACUCAAAUUUUCAGGAAGCUGAAAAAGACUCCCAAUUUGAGACAGCUGAAAAGGAACCGUUACCAACUGAGGGGAAUGAAAUAGUGAAUGGCAGAGGUGAUUCAAAAGUUGUAGGUGAAACUGUGGAAUCUGCAGGUGUACUGCAGAAUCCUUCAUCCACAGGGCCACCAACACACGAGAGGAUAGCUGACGAUUCCACAGCUGACCAAUAUAUCCCUUUAAUUGAACUAAUGCAGCCAGUUCCGAGUAAUCCUUCUCAAGCUUCAACUUCAUCUUUUGGGAAACCCAGAAGAGCUCCAAGAAAACCUAAGGCAAAGAGCUGCUAUUUCCAGUUGGCUGAGAAUAUUUCUGAUGAGUUGGCAACCAUGAAUGAGAAGCUUCACAAACGAUUGCGGAGUUCUAUAGAUGUUUUAAAGAGUGAAGAACAUGUUCCUAUGGAGGGACUUGGAGAUUUUGGAGAAGAUUCAUAUGUGUUUGUUCCACAGCAAGGUGACUAAAUCAAAAAAUUAUUUGUAAUAUUUGAAAUAAAGAAGAAUGUUCUAGAAACUAUUAAGAUUUUUUGCUUUUUAUCUCAUCUAAAUUAUACCUGAUGCUGACACUGGCCAAAUUUUGAGAUUCUAACAAGUAACAUGGUCUUGCAAAAAUUGUCCUCAAGAAAGAUUUUCAGUGUGGGAGAAAGAAAAAUUUAUGUUUUUCAGUUUCUGUGUUUCCAAUCCCAGGUAGUUUGGAUUUUGCAGUCAGAUGCUUUACUAACUGUACUGAAGAGAACUCACUGACAAGCAAUACAAGUAAAUCCAGGAAAGACAACAAGAUGGAGUUUUUUGUGGGUCUUGUUCUGAGCUUUUUUUGGUUAUUAAUCUUAGGUGAUAUGACUGCUGCUACUGGAGCUGUGAAAGUAGAGAAUGAGAAGUUGUUGUCUUCUCCCAAUGAAUCAAAUGAAAGCCAACCAAAAACAGAAGGAGAAGGAGAAGUUGAAGUGAUUGCCAAUCCUGAUGUUUUGAACCCAUCAGCCAGUAGCAACAAAUCUAAUCAGGGCACUGUUGAUCAAGAAAAAAUGGCAGAAGUCGUUCAACGAGUGGUGCAAGAGGUAAAGAAAGAUGAAAUAGAACAAACUGCUAUGUGGAAUGAAAUCUGAAAAGUGAUGAGAAAAAAUACUAUUAUCAGAUAGGAGAAAUUAUUCAGUAAAGCAAUGAUCUUGGCAUGUGAGCUGGAAUUGAAUCGAUUGCAGAAAAGAAGCCUAAAAAAUUCAGGGGGGUAAGUUUCUAGAGAUACUAUAGUGCUGCGUCAGUGGGGGAGUAUAGCAAGGUAAUUUAGUAUUAUCAAUUGAGUUGAUACUACUAAAGAGUUUAAAAGUUGAGGUUUUGUCAGCUUUUAAACUCUUUGCGGUAGACAAUUUGCAGUAUAGACUCAGUUAAUAACAAUACUGAAUUAACUUAGCCUAAAUUAUCCAGGCUUCAACAGGAUUCAAACCAUGCCUCCUAGAUACUAGUUGGUGCUACUAACAACUGAGCUGUAAAACCACACAUUUGGAGCCAGGAAAGUUUUAGUGCCUGGUUUAUCUUUUCCUGUAGAGGAACCUGAUCACAAUUUUUUUUCUUUAAUUGGGGCUUUUUGAAAAUGUUGGAGACAUUUCUUGAUAUAAAAUCAAAUUCUCAGAGAUGAAAUUGCUUUAAAUGUAUCAUAAUCAAUGCAGAUAGUUUUUAUUUAGCUCUUGGGAAUUAACCCUUUAACUCCCAUGAGUGACCAAAACAGAAUUUCUCCUUACAAUAUCAAUAUAAUAUCAAGCAGACAAGUGAUGAGAAUAAAGAAAAAUCUUAAUUAGAGGAUUAUUAGUUGAUCCAAUACCAAAUUCUCCGAACUAACAUCACAAGAACUGUAUGGCAGACAGUAAGGAGAAUUACUAAUGAGAUCUUGGGAGUGAAAGGGUUAAAGAGUCAACCUUUUUAAGUAAGUGAAGAGAGCAGUUUUAGAACAUACAUUGGAUGACAACUCCAUACGAAAUUAUUAUAAAUCAGUCAUUAAUCUUACUUAUAAAUAUGUAAGCUAAGACUACAAAGGUUCUUUCUAUUUGCUCUAUCCAGUCAGUGCCACAAAUAGUGGAGGCAGCAAUGAAAAAUCUGCAGCAACUUCACCUCAGCAGUCCCUCACCAAGCUCCUCGCCCACACAAACAUGUGACAGGUUGGCCUGGGGUAAAGGUAUGGCAAUUAUCCCUUUACACCCUAACAUCAGUAUGCAUAUUCUCCAUACUGUUCUCUAUACAUUUCUGAAAGUGCUGACAAGGAGAAUUUAUUAUAAUCUCAUGUCAUUUUAGUCAUAAAAAGCUUGCAGUUACUCUUGGUUUAGAAACAAAUAUUCAAUUUCAGCAAAGUGUUGUUGUUUGUUUGGAGAAGCAGUAAUGUCUGAUGUGGAUUUCGAACAGAUAUUUCCAUUAUACAUUGCUAGCUUUUUUCAGACAAUGAGGUUAACUGGGUACAUAUCACAUCAUGAAACUCUGUAGUGGAGGGUUUUUGAAAAUGUAUACCCUCAUAGGUGCAGCUUCAACUGUAGUGGAGGAUCCAAAGUUUGAUGCCAAAAACACAGAAAUGUGACAUCUUAACUCUUAACAGUGGCCAAUUUACGCUAUCAACUCAGUUGAUAAAACAAAAUUACCCUGUUAUACUCUCUCAACAAUGCAGCACCACCAUUUUCUUUAGAAACUUACCCCCUUUUUUAUUUGUCUUUUGUUAUGUUGAUCUGUUCCUUGAUGACAGGCAUCCAUGCUACAAGUCACACAAUCAGUGAUUCUUCAUCGGCACUUUUUAUUUAUUUUUUAAAUCAUUAUUUUCAUUAUUCUAACCAAAAUGUUGUUGUUUUAUUAGUUGUUCAUAAAGGUAUAGUUUGUGCUUCAUGUGGCCAAGCUGUCUGUGGAAUCCGAUACAAGUGCUGGUGAGAACAGGACAAUUUUAAUUUUUAAGUUGAUGGAGGGUAGAUGUGACCCAAGUGAAAACAUAAAUGUUGUAGUUUUUACAGAAUUUCAAGGUCAAACCAGUUUUGUUCCAGGUGCAUCAGUACAAUUUGUAAACAAAGAAAAAUCCAAUCAAACACCUUCAAAUCUUUUCAAUCAGAAAUUGUUUUAAACUUAAAAUUUAUGUUUCCCAGUGUUACAGUAAGGCAAUGUCAUUCGAAGAUGUAUUUCUUUAACCCUUUAACUCCCAGAUCAAAUUUGUAAUUCUCCUUACUGUCAACCAUACAAAUUUUUAUAAUAUUAGUUCAGGAAAUUUAGUAUUGGAUCAACUUAUUAUCCCCAAAUUGAUAUUUUUCUUUAUUCUCAUCACUUAUCUGGUUGAUAUUGUAUUGAUAUUGUAAGGAGAAAUUCUUUCUUGGUCACUCAGGGGAGUUGAAGGGUUAAACUGGACUCUUCACUCUUGAAGUGUUCAAGCAUUAAAACAGAAAAGGUUCUAAAGAUGAAGACAUUCUCUAGCAGAUGCAGAAAUUGAACUACAGUACUUGUAAAUUGUAUAUUGAGGCUACAGAUUGGAUAUUGAGUAGGAUAAGAAUGAAUGACUUAUUUGGUCCAGUUCCAUUAUUAGAUGGAGACAUUCUCGGCUUCACUUUUUUGUUUUAAUUUGUUUUUCUGCAGUUACUGCAGAGAUUACGACCUGUGUGAAGUGUGUGAAGGAAAAGAAGGGAUUCACGAUCCUAAUCAUUUCUUUGCAAAGCUGCGAAACCAUGUGCCAGGGAUAGGACUAAAAAAUGGAGAAAUGGUACCAGUGUUGAAACAUUUUGUGUACAAGAUGACAGUUAAAGAAGGGUACAAAAAGGAGAAGAAAGAAGAGAGAAGGAAGGAAAAAGAUGAAAAGAAGGAAAGGAAGAAGGAGAAACUGAUCAUUAAGGAAAGAGAAAAGGAGAAGAGAGAUGUUAAAAGAAGGAUAAAGAAGGAAUGGAGGCAAAUGUAAGCUAAGAUCUCAGUAUUAAUUCCCCUAACUGUCUGCCAUACAGUUCUUGUGAUGUUAGUUAGGAGAAUUUGGUAUUGUUUCAACUAAUACCUGGUAAUCCCCUAGGUUAUAUUUUUCUUUUUCUCUGCCACUUGUCCACCUGAUAUUAUAUUAAUAUUGUAAGGAGAAAUCUGUGUUGGUCACUCAUGGGAGUUAAUUGAUUAACCCCUUAACUCCCAUGCGUGACCAAGACAGAAUUUCUUCUUACAAUAUUAAUACAAUAUCAAGCGGACAAGUGAUGAGAAUAACGAAAAAUAUCAGUUGGGGCAUAAUAAGUUGAUCCAAUACCAAAUUUUCCAAACUAACAUCACAAGAACUGUAUGGCAGAUAUUUAGGAGAAUUACUAAUGAGAUCUUGGGAGUUAAAUGAUUAAAUAGGUUCUGAAUACCUACACUGUAAGUAAACGCCUAUGAAAAGUUCUGUUGUCCCAUGCGGAUGUUAUGAUUGUAUGUAGUUGUGUUUUGUUUCGUAGUUAUGAUACCUGUAAUUUACUCGAAUUACUUAACAUCUCUGAAAAGUUCGGUUGUCCUGUUAGAAUAACAGGACAGAAGUAGUUGUGUAUGGUUUUAAAUUUAGUUGUUUUGAUAACUGGAAUUUUUGUGGACACUUUUGAAGAAUAUGAACAUACAUGUGGAAACCCAGUUGCAAGGACCACUGUGGUGUCAUGAAAUUGAGUCUUACAGCUAACAACAGUUGUGCAAUUCUGACCAAUUAUUUUCCGUCAACUACAUGUAGCGUUGUAACAUUUAUCUGACCAAAAACUAUUAACUUAACUCUUUUGACGACAGACGAGAGAGUGAUGCUGACACUUCUAAUGAGAGGAUGGGAAAUUGCCUUAAUGCAGAGUUCAUAGCCGAUGCCAGCAUACCUGACGGUACAGUUAUAAAGGCAGGACAUAAGGUGAGACACAGACGAUUGUUAUUCAAUUUGUGCACUAGCCGUAUUAAAUUCACCUUUUGGGCUUUAGAUUUCACGUAAAGUGUCAAGUGACUUUUGAUGUAAACAAACACCGAAAGUUCGGACAUUGAGUCGAGUUCGCAGCACAUGUGUUCAAACUUCGGCUUUGGAAAUUUUUCUUAAAUAACUUCUCACUUUCAAGAAACGUUUCUUCGCUCAAAAUUGGUAUCUUUCUUUUAUCAUUUAUUUGAUCGUGCGUCAAGCAAGUUGUCAUUUCGCUGCCGUUGAAGCAGAUUCGAAGAAUGUCCGAACUUUCGGGGUUUGUUUACAUCAAAAGUUACGGGGCACUACACGUGAACUCUAAAGCCCAAAAGGUCAAUUACAGUAUGAUGCGUUAUUUGGUGAGCGAACCUUGAUGAAAUUUACCGGCGAGCAAAAACUGUAUUAAGUUAACAGCACUAAGGCAGUGAUUAAACGAACUCAGAUUAAACAAACUCAGCCGUAAGAUAUUCAAGACGAUCGACGAAUUUUCUGUGUAAUUUAACUAACAGUUUUUACUAUAAAUACAAUGCCCAUCCACAUAAACAAUGACCGUUCCUCAUGCUAAUGAGACAGACGCGUCUACAGUAGACGCGUAUGCUUUUCUGUCGAGACUAGUCUGCGUCUGGUCUCAGACGCGCUCUACACGGGUUUGACGCGCACAUUUUGGUCCCCUUCUCUUUUAGCUGCGCUGUAGUAUGGCAUAAACCCUGUUUUGAUAAAAACCAUGGAUUCUGAAAAACAUUGAAAAAAUGUUUAAUUGCAACCUUUUCAUUAAUCAAUGUGAAACACUAGGUCUAAAAUGUUUCUUGGCAUUUCAUCAAAUCGAAUUUUCAAAUUUACAGUUUUUGCGAUUAAAUUUUGCAAUAUUCUCUUCAAAACAUAACGGAAGGCUACCUUUUUCGUUUGGAAUCUUCGUGGCAGUUGGUUCCAAGACAAAUAUUCUGGAUUGUCUUCAAGGGUAUAGUUUGAACUUGAUGCACGGCUAGUAUUUCUUAGUAAGUUUUCAGUUUUCUCUUUACUUGCUAGUUUCUGAAACGUUGGAUUGUGAAGAACAAAGGUCGAAAGUGGAAUGCUAAGACAGUGGUAAGACUGUUGUUUUGAAUAAUUCAUUUUGUUGAUGGCAGAUUAUCUCAAACCGUAAUAUUUAGAAAACGACGAAAACUCCCAUUUGAUCCAUAUGGCCUUGCAGAUGCCUCUCCUACUCUGUGCGUGGCUCAUCUUGUUCACUCUGAUAUUGUGGAACGUUCUUUUGGUUAUCGGUGCCCAACCUUACAUGUGUAGAUAUUGAGUCUAAACUGUUUUAACAUUCUGCUGAACAUGUUCUCCUCACAGCUUCAGUGUCUAGAGGGUAACAUCCUAGUUGCUACAGAAGAAAACAAAGUUGAGGUACCGUCCUUGAAACUAGAUGAAGAAGGUGAACUUAUGGUGCCGUUCAUUGCUCCAUUAGCACCUGGGCGUUAUGAAAGGUAUUUGAACUUCAUAUCUUACAGAAAUUUGGUCAUAUAUAUAUCAGUCUGUACAUUUUACAGUCAGUAAAAAGACAACAGUUAUGGAGCAGGAGGGGGCAAAACACAUUUUAUAAAAAGCUAGGCUCUCAGUUUGUGUAUGUUGAAAACUUCAGCCUCAGUUGUCGGAGUUUGUCGUUGAUAAAAGGGGGUAAGUUUCGAAAGAAACUGUGGUGUUGCGUCGGUGGGAUAGUAUAACAGGGUACUUAAGUAUUAUCAACUGAGUUGAUAGCGUAAACUGGACACCGUAAAGAGUUUCAAAGCUGACGUUUCGAGUGUUAGCCCUUCGUCACUCGCUAAAGCUCGAAACGUCAGCUCUGUCGUUGAAAGUCCGUUUUGAUUUUUAGCAUCUCGAGCCAUUCUCACUCCUCUUCGCUUUGUUAGAGCGCAUUUCAGCGAGUCCUGGUGCUCAUCUUUUCAUCUGAAUAUAUGUUUUCAUUCAUACGCAAAUUUAAUUUAUUUUCAUACGACUGGUUGAGCACAAGGCCUCGUUUUGAAAAAGAGGGCUGAGGUAAUUCGGAAACGUCCUCUUAAAAUAGUUAAUCAGAAGAAAGGGAAUUAUUACAAGAAACUAGUGAGAGCUCAAAGUUAAAACACACAAAUUUUUUAAGCGCUAUAAAGCAAUUUUCAACUGAGUGCUGAAGGUAAUCCGGAAUUACAUUAGUUUUGUUCUAUUCGCUCUUUGAUUGGUCCUGAAAACUUGUGACACACUCUCAACCAAUCAGAUACAAAACUAAAACCAAUCACGACUUCGUCGCCCUUGUUUUCCCGCCCUUGUUUUCCCGCCCUUGUUUUCCCGCCCUUGUUUUCCCGCCCUUGUUUUCCCGCCCUUGUUUUCCCGCCCUUGUUUUCCCGCCCUUGUUUUCCCGCGCUUUUGGCUGCUUGGUUGUUUUUACUUUGAGAUCUCAUGGGCUCUUUACGAUAUCUUCCUCUCUACUGAUUGGCUGUCGUGGCUACUUUGAUUUUGGUUGCACCGUUCUCAAUCGAAAAGUGUUCUCAAAACGUAUGUGAACAAGUCGCAAUUGUUUCUAGUUUGGCAUCCGGUUGGUCUAAAUAGUUGCGCGAGUUCUCCGGACCAAUCACUGAGCAGAGAAGAACGAAACCAAUGCAGUUGUGGAAAACUUUCGAUUUUGAAUUGAAAAUAACUUUGCUUCUUCGUUGUAUUUUUUCAACUUUCCACAUUGAAUUUUUCUUUCUAAAGUGAUAAACGUUAAGUUACAUAGCUCCUUAAAGAAGUUAUGUCUACCUGAAAAUAACGAUGUCUUGAAUGCCCAUUCACUGUACUCCUACAGUGUCAAGAAAUAAUUAUUGGUGUAUUUUUGUUGUAGUAAAUGGCAGCUGUGUCAUCACAGUAUCCCAUUUGGCCCUCUGUUCUGGUGUCAGAUUGUUGUUGAAGAGGAGAAAGUUGAAAGUGAGAUGCUGCUUAAUCAGGACAGCCCAACAGAGACAGGUAUUAUUCGUCCGCUUCAAACAGUGUGUGUAAAAACACUUAUUAAAUAUUUUGUUAAUUUUAUUUGUUAGUCAGUUAGUAAGUCAGUUCUGUAUGAUUUAGUCAUUCGUUAAUUUAGAAUGUAGUAACUGUAUGAAUUCAAAUUUAAGCUGUCGUGUGAGUUUUCCAAAUUGUGACAAUUAUCUUUAACUUUCUUGAGUGAAAGUGUUUAGUUUGACCUUAAAGAAGUUUGCGGCUGCUGAUUCUCAAAACGGUUUCUUUUAUCCACGACAACAGCUGCAGGAAAUAUAUUUUAUAGAAUAUUAAGUGUCAGAAGUCUUAUGUCAUGUUUUUUUUUUUUUCACCCAAACAAGAAGCCCCUAAGUACCCCAGUUAUGACAGCACCACCCUGGUUAACAGUGCAUUCCCUGAACGCGACACCUCCCCUGUCAGGAAGCUUGUGGAGGACUUAGUUCUUCAGGAACCAAUGGCCGAGGAACCGGACGAAGCAUCGGGAUCAGACGUAUACCUUAGUUCUACCGAGGACACAGCAGAAUUCGAGAAGAUUAGGCUGCCGUUAGAAUCUGUGACCGUGUCCUGCCAAACUGCUCAGGUCUCCGAGCUGGAGUGGGAUGCAGCUGGGUGUGGCUUGGAAGCAGAGUCCUUUGACAGAGCUGAGAUAGAGGAGCUCGUGGCUUGUGCUGUGGAAGGUGUGAACUCUUGUGAUGGUUUUAAGGGCAUAGGUUGUUCACACCCAUUUUUUUUUUAUGUGCGCUGGGAAGGAAGUACUCCCACCUCCACUCCCUUGUGCUCUCAAUCGAGACAUUCUCUCAUCUCAUUCACGUUCUGGGCGAUGUGCGAUGAUAAAAGAGAAGAGAAAGGGGCUUGUGAAGAGUGCUUUAUUUUCCAACAAAUCUUCUCUGGCUAAAUUUUUUUUCAAACUGUUUGUGUAGAAACGGGAAAAAGAAAACAAAGAGUUCAAGCAUAGAAGCGAACGCACGAACACAUGGAUAAUAAGCCCAACAAUAGGCUCAACGAGGGACCUAACUGGUCAAAAUGUGGACGAUAAACCGAAAAAAAUAUAUAUUAAAAAAAGCGUCAGUAAACUACUGUUGUAAGGCUUCGUUCAGCAUCUUUCUCGUGUGUCGCGAACAAAGAUUAUCGACCGUUGAGAUGUCACAUUGUUUUCUCUUAAAACGUUUUAAUUUUGUGUCCACAGAUGCAACAAGUGACGUCGAAAGCAUCGCCACUGAUAUGUCCGACGAGUUCAUGGUGGUACCCGUCCCUCCUUGCUUUGACCCAAACGCCCCCCUGACUGCAGAUCCCUCCCCGGUAACUGUUAGUGUCACAGAAUAUAAGCAAAUGACCGAGAGUCAACAAAGAGCAUUUUCAUUUACCCUCAGCGAUCAGCCCCCUCUUAAAACCGAGCUCGAUAGAGUUCCUGGUACUACUUUUUUCAUCGAUCAAAGGAGUGUGAGCAGUGACGACACUAGUAUGGAGACAAUUUCCAGGACCACUGUCGAUGAGGAUGACAGAGUGUUUGAACCGUUAAAUGACUCAAUCCCACAACUUCCUGAUCCACCUAUGUCAGAACCACGGUUGGAGGGUCCUAUAGCACCGGAGGAACCUCCAAGAGACUUGAGCUGCGAACCCACUCUACCCGAAAUGCCCAUCAUAACUGAGCCUGUAAACGUCCCUGCUCCUGAACCAGCGGCACGCGAUGAGGACGAAAGUGAUGUUAAUGAAGAUGACAACGGUGAUAAUGAUGAUGAGAGGACGGGGGCUCCUGCAGUACCAGAUGUCACCUCGCAGCCAAUAGCAGCACAGCCUGUCUCCAGCAGUGAUGAACCUGCUCCUGUUGCCUUGCAGCCAGAACCAUCCUCUCCUGUCGUGGUGGUCCCUACUACUGUUCCCGUUAGUGAAGUCAUGGUUGUGAAGCGAGUCCGUCAGAACAGUGCUAGUAGUGAUUUUGCUUCCAGUGUGGUAUCCGAUGUAUUGUCCACGGCGAUAGAUGCCGCAGCCAGCGCAGGAAGGGCUGUUUACACUACUGUGGAGAAUUUCCUUUCUGGUGUACCAAAACCUGAGGCGACUGCAACAUACAAUCCCGCGCAAGGAUGUGAAGUGUCCGUUAAUCGGCCAUCAGAAGCGGAACCAUCUUCUAAUGUAAGCCAACCAGCUCUCAAUUUUCCUUACGCUUAGAAUUUUAAUUGAAAUAUGGGUUAGCGCAUUGAAGGUGUCGAACCUCUGGUUGCUUUAACUUUAAACUAUAUAAUUUGAAUUUCGAAACCGAAUCGGAUGGUAUGGACUGAACUAAAAAAACGCAUGAUCCGCUUGCGCGGAUUUACGUUUCAUUCGUCACCAGUUACGUUUCUUUUUGCUCUUGCGAGCGAGAAUUUUCGUUUUGGAUGAACAGUGAUGCCCAGGCUACAGCGCCUAAGCCGCACGCAGUUCAAAGCCCGUUCACCACUGUGAAUUGUACAAUAUAACUUUAUUAUUUGUAUAGCGCAAAAUACAUGGUACAUGAUCUAAUGCGCUUAAAAUGCAUAAUGUUUCAUAGCCACAAAAGUCAACCUGAUACGAAUGCUAUUUUCCUCGACACCCAAGCUUUCCUGCUUUUAUUACGGCUAUAAUAAAUUAUGAAUUUUCUUCUUCUAAUGCAUGGAAUCUUCACCUGAUUGUCGUGGUGAAUUACCUGUUUUAACUUACAUGAUUUCUACUCCUUCCCCUCACAGGAGGCUCCUGUAGUAAACGAAGUAACCUGGCCUCCUGGUCGAUCCACUUCUACCUGCCAUGAAUGUCUAAUGGAGAUGGGCUUUUGCGAUCGCAGGCUCAACGAACAGCUGCUGGAGAAACAUAACAACAAUGUAGCGAACGUUGUCAGCGAAUUGUUGUCUUUAACUGACAACGACUGGUCGACGCGAAGGCACUAAAGAAGAAAGCUGGGCGGCUAAUUUUUAUCUUCACCUUUUAUCUGUUAUCUUUGCAUAUAUUGAUUUUUUUUUUUUCUAUUGGGAGCGGAGAGUCUUAUUAUUUCCUUUAAAUUUAGCCCUUUGGACCUCGCCUUGAAGACCGAGACGGCAAGAACAUCUACGCGUUUUGAAGCUUUGUCUUGGGUUUUGCAUCCUAAGGGAUUUAGCCAAAGUUUUCAAUCCUGGUCGAUCUUCUCUAUCCAAGGCUAUCGUUGUUCCUAACAGUUUUAACGUUGCUUCUAUUGUGUUUUUCUCUCUUGCCAAAGUAGUAUUUUGUAGACUCCUCUAAGUCGCAGAUAGAUUUGCACGUUGCUAAAAUAGCUCCUAAAUACCGUGAUAAAGCUCCUGCAAACUUCGAAAAACGUUAUACAAUUUGGAUGAAUUCGAAUAACUCGGAUUAACUUUUAUAAAAGUUUGCUUUGUUUAUACUUGCACUCAAGAGUCGUGGGGAAUCUUUUCAGUCUCUAGGGUUGUUGGUUUUAGGAAAAGGAACGGUCCGUGAGAAGUUAAGGUUUUGGUCCUGCAGGUAUCGCUUUUCAUUUGUUUGUCACGCUUUGACAGAAGCUCUCUAGCCGACCGCACUUUCGAAUGAUCAUUUUGAACAUCUUUGUUGCGGAAGGAAUCUUCAGGUUCCUUAUUUGUAUAUAGACACUGGAACGGUCUGUAAGCAGAGAUACAUUGGUUAGGAAUUUGUCGUUUUGAUUCUGGUUUUUUUUUUUCCAUUAAGGAUGAAUCGCUAGCCAGGUCGGCGUGUCUUAAUUGUAACGCGGAGUUCUUGGGCAAAUUUUUUUGAACAGAUAUAGUUUAAAUUUCUUAUCUGACCACUUGUCAUCUUGAAAAUGAACACGUCUUCAUCUUCAUAUGACCAGUCCGAUAUAUGUCUAAUUUGUAUACUUGACUUUAUGGAAUAUACGUAAAUAGUUCUAUCUAUGAGGGUCACUGGAUUGACUAUAUCCAUGGUCAGUUAAGACAAGCAGUGUUAGUGUGAGCUUAGAAAAUGUAAAUAAAUACUUGGCAAUCUGGGACCAUCAGUCUGACCAUUAUGUUGUCUAUGCGUGUACUUAAGCUCACCAUUGGGGAUGUGUCAUGCUACUUUUUUUGUUCGUACCGCGUUUUAAAGCAUUUCUGUGAUUUCUUUUUUUUUUUGAACGGUCG